UAAAACUUUAAUGUGUUUAUUAUAAACAAGUAAUAUGCCAAGUACUGCAAAAAAAAAAACUCACUGAAUCUGGCCUACUUAAAUGGUUAUGUGCAAAAAGAAAAAUACUAGAAGGAACAACAAUAUAUUUUUUUUAUUACAAAGCAAUAAGAAUUUCAUGUAAAAUGUGAAAACAUUUAUGCUAUCUAAAUUUCAAGUAAAAGGAACAGCCAAGUGUUGAAUUUUUUUUGUCAAGGAACAUUACAAUAUGGGCUUUCCUUCUGCCAUUUUGUAUUUCUACACACGUAAAAUAUGGGGAAAUAGUCAUUGUAUCCAACUGGGGAGAAUUUAUCUCAAAACUUCCAUUCCAAUUUCCAAACCAUCUUAAAUUCAAAUUGUGUUAGAUUCACUGUUGCCAUAACCUGCAACAGUGACUCUCCCCUGGGCACUGUUAAAACAGCAGUGUCAAAUUUUUUUUUUUCAAUCAUGAAAAAAAAUUUGGAUGGGUAGGCAUUGGUACUAAAACACAUGUAAAACUCUUUUCUUAACUGGCUAACUGCCCAUGUCCCCAGCUAAACUUUCAUUGUCCUGAGAUUACACUUGUCCCCAUCUAAACUUUCAUUGUCCUAAGAUUAGACUAUGGACAUCAACCCUAAAAUUUUAUUCAACCUAGCAAAUUUUGCUUUUUCAAUGUCUACCUUCAUCCAACCACUUGACCAAUUCCUUCCUCUGGACUUACGUAAUAAAAUUUAAUACUAAUGUUUUAAUUAUUUAUAUUGUUUUUCAACAAUCGUAUAUGUAAUUUUUAUGCUAAGUUUCAAAAGGAAAAAAGAAAUCUUAUUUAAGAAGCAAUACUGGAUAGAUUUGAUCUGCUCUCUUUAUCCCUUUAUCAGUAAUUGAGUGAACUAUUAGUGGAGUAUUAAAUUUUUAAUUUUAAUGAUCAAAUUUUAAAAUUUUGAUAAAUUUAAAUAAAAAAAAAUUGUAAAAACUGGACUUGAAAGAAAACGAAAUUAAAGAGGUAAAAAUGUAAAUUCGAUUUUUUUUUAAUCUAUAUAAAAGGAUGGUAGAAUAAACCCCUUAACCAAGCCCAACCCAACUAAGUAAGCCCGUUGCACUUUGCAGCUAAAACAACGUCGUUUAAUAAGACUCCCCUAGGCCCGCUUCUCCAGCUUUCAUGCACAAUUCCAUAAAUCCUAAAAAACUCUUGGGCGGCUGCAGCAAUUCAAGGACCAAUCAUUUUCAACCUUACUUCAAAUUUGAUUUAAAUUAAAUUCCAUUGUUUCAGCUUGUAUUUCUUCUCAAUUCUUUGUAAAAAGUUGGAGUAUUUAUUUCUGUUGAAGGUCCAAAUCAAUCAAUCGCGAAAUUUGCACUCUGCAAAAUUAAAAAAUAAGAAAAUCCCGUGAAAAAUGUUGGAUGAAAGUGAGUUCGAUAUGAAUUUCAAAUUGUUAGCCCUUCGAAUCCCUUGUACUUUGCUGGACAAGCCUCGUGCUAAACCUAUAACUGAAGAUCGUACACGUGAGAAGAGCCGUUACAUGAUUUUGUCUGAAAAAAUUCAAAAUCUUGAUUUAUCAGAUAUUCGAAGCCCAAAACUUGAUGAACUCAAGAAAUUAUGUGAGAUCGAAGCAGUUCCAUAUUCAUUGACCCUUGGAUAUUCUAGCGGACUGCUGAUCAUAUCAUCAUAUAUUGAAGCAGGUUCUGCCUCCCGGGGUGGAGGUACCUUCAUCUUUUGAAACAAUAGUCAUGUUGCCCAUCUAAAUAUACACAAUAAGUUACUUCCUUUCAAAGAUGUGAUUGCAAAAGUCAUUUAUGAUAUGAGUUUUCGUUUGUCUCUGUCCUGAACAUUUCAUCAUUCUUCACUGUCAUUGUCCCUAGAAAAAUUACCCAAGAAUUAAAACAGUUGUUAAUAAAGUUGGAACUAUUACAAAUAAGUUUUGCGUGCUGAAAUUUGAAAUUUUGGCUGGAGAAAGUGAUAUGGUA